AUGUUCGGCCUAGCGAGUGCUCGCGGCGUCGCGGCCAUUCGCGCCGGGAGCCGUCUAUCUCCCCAAACUAUCGCCUACCUACACUCCGCGUCCAUUACUCCUCUCACUAUCGCGGCGGCGCCGAAGCCGCGCAUCGUCUCGGUCGCAGUCGGCCAGCUCGGUCUCAGGGGCUACGCGACUCAGCAGAAUGGCAGCAGCGGAGGCUCGGGUGGAUCUGGAUCUGGCAGCUCUGGUAGCUCCGGCGGCAAGCAUGAGAGCAAGGAGGAGCUCCUGAACCGCCUCACGCGCGAGGCGCGCCAGCGGGGUCGCGCCUUUGACCAGACGCACGACCAUGUUGGACCGUUCCCCCUCGGCGUGGGGCCGAGUGGGAGGACGAAGACUUGGAAGCCGUGGGGUGACCUGAACCUGGGUGGAAAGCCCUACGCCCUCGAAGGAACAGCUACGGGGAAGUGGGAGCUGACAACAGUCGUUCGCACGGUACGCCAGUCGGGCAACCUUCUCGUCGUGCUCCUCGGCGGCGGUCUCUUCGUCGUGCUCGCGCUUGCGCUCUCGACCGAGCUGUUCGCGAAGAACUCCCCGGCCGUCCUGUACAGCGAGUGCAUCGACAUGAUCCGAGACACGGAUGCGCUGUCGCAAUUCCUCCUCCCGCCGCUCAAGUUCACGCACUCGCCCAAUGCCGCUUCGCCCGUGCGCGGUUCCUCGCCUGUUGUCCAUCGCGUCGUCCGCUCCCCCCUGAGCGGGAGGGACCACCUCCUGAUCACCUUCUGGGUGCACGGGCGGGGCAAGGACGACCCCGAGCCGAGUCCCGUCCGGCACUGGUUCAAGGAGAAGUGGGACGGAUUCUACGCCUGGGCACAGCAGAAGGGCGGCCUCCUCGGUCUCGCGACCGACCCCGAUACGCCCGAGCCGGAGGACGAGGAGACGAGCCGCAAACUCGACAAGGAGGCCGAGAAGCAGGAGGGCUGGCUCAAGAGUCUCGCCUCUAGCCUCAGUCUCCGCCCCAAGGGCCAGAAGGCCGCCCCGGCCUUGCCUCCCCCCGGCACGUUCACUAUCGGUGAAUGCCACGCCGACUACGUCAAGGACGACCAGGGGCAGUACCAGAUGCUCUCCCUGCUUGUCGACGUACCCAGCUCACGGGCGAAGAGGCCGUACCAGGCCGUCGUGUACUGGUCUCCGGAGGCGAACCGCGAGGGCCUCGUACCCCGCCGAUAA